UUACGCAUUAAUGUCCCACACAUAUACUUCUCACCACUCUAUAUAAACGAACCCCUCAUGUUGGGGAAGAUCACACAAUUUAUAAGAUCGAUCGGAUUACUUAACUACACUUACAUACACACAUACUUCAGUUCUCUAUCUACCCAGCUAAUUAUAAUAUUUAUUAUAGCCAUGAAUCACUUGGCUUUUGCAUUUGGCCUUCUAGGCAACAUUGUCUCAUUCAUGGUGUUCCUUGCACCAGUCCCAACAUUUUACAGGAUAUACAAGAAGAAGACGGCGGAAGGGUACCAGUCGGUGCCGUACGUGGUCGGGCUCUUCAGCGCCAUGCUUUGGAUUUACUACGCCUUCCUCAUGCCCGACACCACUCUCCUCAUCACCAUUAACUCCGUCGGCUGCUUCGGCCAAACUCUCUACAUUUCCUUCUACCUCUUCUAUGCACCCAAAAAGGCUAGGCUUGACACAGUGAAACUUGUGAGUCUCCUAAACGUAUGCGCUUUCGGUCUAAUCGUUCUGGUCACUCAAUUUCUGGUGAAAGAGCCGUUAACCAGAGCCCAUAUUGUGGGGUGGAUUUGUUUGAUCUUUUCUCUCUGUGUCUUCGUCGCACCAUUGGGUGUUGUGAGGCAAGUGAUAAGGACAAAAAGCGUGGAGUAUAUGCCAUUUCUGCUGUCCUUCUUCCUCACACUGAGCGCAGUGAUGUGGUUCUUCUUUGGCUUACUUCGCAAGGACUAUAAUAUUGCUAUUCCGAAUGUGCUGGGGUUCAGCUUCGGCGUGAUCCAAAUGGUGCUUUACAUGGUGUACAAGAACGCCGGGAAGAAGCAAACUGCCGCCGCGGCGGAGCAAAAGCAGGUGCCGGAGAUGAGCGGCGGUGAGCAGUUGAUGGUGGCCUUCGGGGCGGGGAAGCAGCUUCCGGCGGAGCUUCGGGAGCAGAUAAUAGAUAUUGUGAAGCUGGGCACUCUGAUGGCGCUCUCUGAAAAGGCUCCGGCAGCUCCUCCACUUCCAGCUGCGGCGGCGGCAUUGCAUGCAUCCAGCUAGUAGCUAGCUACUUUAAUUGCGUUGUCACUCGAUCAUAAUCAUCCCAUCCCAUCCGUCAAAUUGGAAUCGAUCUUCAACGUCACUAAGCUAGCAGACUAGUAAUUAUUAAUUGUAUCUUCAAUUCCCAACUAAGUCAUGCAUGCAAGCCAUUAGCCAUGCAUGCUUCUUUCAUGUCAUUCCUUUAAGAGAUUUGUCCUUCAUUGUAAUUCGCACUUCGAUCUGUAUUUCAAUUUCAAUCAUUUCAAUUUCAAUUGCAUGCUCUCCUUCAAUUCAUCCGUUGCGAUUUAGUACGUGCUUAUUAUGCUAUUAUUAAUUAAUCUUAAUGUCUGAAAAAGAGAUCGAAA